AUGGACCUCAGCAACUUGUCAGCAAACUGGAAGAAACUGCAAGCGACCCUAGACACCAAGGCUGAGAGCACCCUCGCAAAGCCGUCAAAGCAUGGCGUGAAACGCAAGAGGGAAGUCGUGCAGCACAUCGCGCCCAAGAUUUCCGCAGAGACCCCAAAGGCCAGGAAGAGAUCACGCAGCCACAGGGUUAUGGCUCUCAAUGGCGACAGUCCUACCAAACCACCCUCGAUCCAAGAAGUAGAAAAUUGCGACAACCUUCCUCGUCCACGUCUUGCUGCUCGCCCACCACCGCAGAAGGUCAACGCUGGGUUGUCUCCUGAGGUAGAAAUUGGCAGGUACGUCGCCCUCGAUUGCGAGAUGGUCGGCGUUGGACCGAACCCAGAAAGAGAAUCCGCGCUCGCUCGUGUCAGUAUCGUCAAUUACAAUGGCGACCAAGUCUACGAUUCCUAUGUGCUUCCACUUGAGGCCGUCACAGACUACCGAACCCAUAUCAGCGGGAUAUCACACCAUCACUUGAAAUCCGCAAGACACUUCAAGGAGGUUCAAGUGGAAGUGGCAAAGAUCCUCAAAGACAGAGUUAUAAUUGGACACUCCAUACGGCAUGACCUAGAAGCAUUGAUGAUUAGCCACCCUCAACGAGAUAUCCGGGAUACUGCUCGCCAUCCACCGUAUCGAAAAAUAGCAGGAGGUGGAUCACCGCGAUUGAAAAUCCUUGCGUCAGAACUGUUAGGUUUCGAGAUACAGCAAGGGGAACAUUCAAGUGUAGAAGAUGCUCGGGCCUGCAUACUACUGUUCCGGAAAGACAAACCUGCUUUCGACCGAGAACAUUCUAAGCGAUGGCCGGCACAGCCUCCUGUGGAAAGGCAACAGGAUGCUGAAGAGCAGAAGACACCUCGCAAACAUAAGAAAAAGAAGAAGAGAAAGCGUUAA